AGAAGAAGAACCUCUUCCUGAACUCCUAAAUGGGGAAGAACCUCAUCGUGUUUUCUGUGCAGGCUGCAAAAAUAUAAUUUAUGAAUUACAUAUUUUAAACAGAAAGCUCAUUCAUAAAUUAGUAUAAUUUGUCAAGAAUUAACUUUUAUUUAAGUUGUUGUUACAGGUUAUAGAAGAUCAUCUAAGUGUAAAUAUAUCAAAGUCUCAAAAAAGGAGAAUACGCAGAAAAAAACUAUUUAGUGCACUUAUUGAAAAUAGUAAUACAAGUGUAAAUCAAACCGUACUUGUACAGCCGUCUCAAAGAAAUCUAUCAUCUUGCGAUACUUUGUCAGCAGUUACAGAAUCUAUAAGCAACCCUAGAGUUUAUUGUGGAGAUAAAACUGUAUCUAAAUCCAUAAUGUCAGCAAAAGAUAGUACUGAAAUGUCUAGAGAAAACAUCAAAGCUGCAAGAGAAGCUAAGAAGCUCGCAAAACAAAAAGCCAAGGGUAAAAAAGGUGAUGUAAGCACACCUACAAAUGUACCUGACAAAGAAAAUAAAGAUUGUGCUCAAAAAACGACAACAGAUAAUACUACACAAAAUACAAAAAUAGUGAAACAAAAUGAAGCCACAGCAAAGCGAUCAGAAAGUGUAGAUGAAGUUGAUAAGGCUGUGCCUAAAGCUGAGAAAAUUAAAUCUAGCACAUCAAUCAUAGCUAAGGUGGAUUCAGUUGUGAAGAAGCAAGGAGAUAAAACUACACCAGUAACAGACAUGACGGUUAAAGACAUAGUAAAUACAUUAAAAGAUAUUGUUGAUAUAGCAAAAGAAGUAGAAAAUGUCACUGCCAGAAUUGAAGCUAUUGAUUUUGGAGCAAAAAAGGCUAAACCUAUAGCUGAAGAGUCUGCUAAGAGUAAAGCUGAGUUGAAAGCUGAAAGAAGAGCUAAACAGGAGGCUCAAAGGGCGGCUAAACAAGCUGCAGCUGAAAAGGUAGCAGGAAAAGAAAAGAAGAAAGAUGAAGUAGACAAAAAAGAGGAGAAAGUAGCAAAAUCUAAACCUGUUGAGAAGCCUAAAGCAAAAACAAUGAGUGCACAGAAAAUGAAUUGGUUUGGAAGAAACCCUCUCGUGGAACACAACAGAGAGGAGGCUUUGAAAAAUAUUGCACUGAACUCUAACAUGCAUCCAUCUAUAGUGAAACUAGGUGUACAACUGGCAACACAUGUAGUGACUGGUGCCAAUGCCAAAUGUGUGGCAUUACUGGAUGCUUUGAAAAAGGUGAUCCGCGACUACUCUCUCCCCGCUCGCACGGAGUUCGGUCGCGGUCUCGAGGCCCAGUUGUCCCGGUGCGCGGAGUACCUGUGGGCGCUCCGCCCCCCGGCGGCGGCGCAGCUGACGGCCCUGUCCCAUCUCAGACGAUACCUGACUCAACUGCCCGCCGAUGUUCACGAGUUUGACGCUAAAAAGAAGCUGCAAGAGGAGAUUGACCGCUAUAUACGGGAACAGAUAGACAUGGCCGGAGAGGCCAUCAGCAUCGCCGUACGCCAGAAGAUAUCCGAUGGUGACAGCAUUCUUACAUAUGGAUGUUCAUCGCUCAUCGAGCGUAUACUGUGCGACGCGCACGCCGCCGGCGCGGACUUCACGGCGGUGGUGGCGGGCUCGCGGUCGGCGCCGGCGCGCGAGAUGCUGCGGCGGCUACUCGCACGCGGCGUGUGCACCGUCUACGUCGACGUCGCGUCGCUCGGCUCGUACAUGAGACAGGUGAGCAAGGUAGUGCUCGGCUGCGAGUCGCUACUGGCGAACGGCGCGGUGCUGGCCCGUGCGGGCUCGCUGGGCGUGGCGUUGGCGGCGCGCGCACGCAACGUGCCCGUACUCGUCGCGUGCGAGACGCACAAGUUCUCCGAUCGCGUGCAUACUGAUACGAUUGCUUGUGCUGAAUGCGGUGAUCCCGAUGACUUGAUCGACAAAACCGAUGAGAACUCUCCGCUCAAGGACUGGAAGUCAAAUCCUAAUUUGAAUGUUUUCAAUUUAAUGUACGACGUUACUCCUUCGAGUCUCGUUACCGCGGUUGUGACGGAAUUAGCCAUACUACCGUGUACUAGUGCACCUGUAGUGCUCCGAUACAAAAUGUCCGAAUAUGGAAUCUAAGUUGUAUUUGC